UCCAUAAGUCUACUUUGUGCACUGUCCUUUAGGUCCAUGGUUAUGAGAAAAAUUGCAAUGACUAAUACUGAUACUGACUAAUACCUGUGCAAUCUAUUCCGGAGGAGGAUCUAUCUUUCCGUUGUAAAUUUUUUGCUCGUGACAAAACUUAGACUGUACACAAUUUUAUACGUCCACCCGACUUAUUCGGGUGCUUUUUAUAUGUAUUUUGUAUGUAGUACUUAUUGAAUAGCUGUGAUAACGACACAAGUCAUCUGCGUCACUAGCUGCGUUCUCGAUUAUUUGUAGAUUUGUUUUGAAUCGUGAUCGGCUGCAAUGAAACGAAAGUUUUAUUAGAUCAGAAUGGUAGCUGCUGGAGCCACAGUUUUAAUGGCAGCCAGUGAAGAAAGUUCUUCAAAUGGAACAGAAAAUAAUUUCACACAAUAUGAGAAUCGAAAUGUUUGUACCCAUAAUGCAACACAAAACAGCCAACAAAGUAGAGACUGCCCUGCUAAAAAGAAUAUAACAGCUUGUGCUAUGAACAAGAAUAAGACUCGUACCUCCAUGUUGGAAAAAAACAGUCGUUUAAUUCCAAGAUCAGAAACUAAAGAGAGUGGUAAGAAUCUUUUGUCACAUAAGACAACUCCAAUUCGUGAAACUAAAGCUUCCAGAUUAAGGUUCAAUGCUCAAUACUUUACGCAUCAUAAUAUUUGCUUUGUUCAUAUAGGUGGCACAUUAGUCUCCAGGAGAUUUGGUAUGUCAGAAACUUCUACUCCAUCAAAUCUCCAACCUAGGACUAGUUCAUCAGUUAAGGAUGAAAAUUCAGUAUCAAGUAACAGUACUGCUAUAAAUCCUGUAAGAGAAAGGGAUAAAAGUUAUAAACGAAAAUCGUAUUUAAAUCAGUCACUCAACAUGGAAAAAACAACAGGAGAUCGUUUGAAUCAGUCCGAAUGUAAUGACAGAAGAACCAGAAGACAAUCAGCUAAGCAAAGUUACAUAUCUGAUACAAUAUCUACGUCGAAUUCUAGUAAUCAGCGUCAGCUAACAACUAAUUUAAGUAAAAAGCCGAUUGAAUCGAAAACGGCUUAUCCGAAAGUUAGUACUCAAUAUGUUACAAAUCAUCCAAAAACCUCUACAUCGCCUUCUGUUAAUCCUCUUGCAAGCACUAAAUAUUCAAAUAUACAACGAACUAGUAGUGGCGGCCACAGUGAUUCUGAAGUUUCAAGAAGAGUUGAUGCGUUAACAGCGUUAACGAAGUCUGCGAUUGAACGCGUGGAACGACUCACGUCACAAGCAAAUUUGUCUUCAAAUUAUGGACCACAAUCGGAAAAUCAUUCGUCUAGUACAUCGUCUCAAGGCAAUGCCAUUAGUAAUAUAGAAAGUAAUACGAAUAAUGUACACGUUUUGCAAUCGUCGCCAAGAAAAUGUUCAAUAUUAAAGAAAUCGAAUGAAGAACAUUCUCAGGAUGGAUUUUUAAGUCACUCGCAUACACCAGUUUCAAUUCUGAAACACAAGAUGUCUGAUAGCGAAGGGGGUCAGAAUGUGUCUAAUAUUACUCAUACCGUUUUGCCAGUAACGUUUUCACCGUCUGUGGUCGAACCUACGCAUAAAAGACAUGGCAUUUUAAAGAAACGCAGUAGUUUAGACGAAAGUGAAAUUCUUCGACGCCGCAGUUGUUCACCAGAUAUCUCCUUCGCCGAUAAUACGUAUUCUGAAUUCAGGCCAAUAUUAAAGAAUCAAAGGCGAUCGUCUUUGGACGAAAUUAUUAAAAGAGAUCAAAGUCCGGAUCCUCAGCCUACUUCUAUAUUGAAGAGAAAAUCGUCUAGAGAAGAUGACAGAGAGGAUCGCCAGGCUGGUUCUUUGGAACCACAGGGUAUACUGAAGAGAAAAUCUACAAAUAGCCUACGGACAAGUAAUGUUAAUCAUCACGUGACCAUUACAAUGGAUGCAACAAGUGUGAUCGGUCCUGAAAUACUUGAUAGCUCUGAGGUAAGGCCGAUACUGAAGAAAAAGCACAGUAGAGAGGAAUCGUUUGGUAGCGAUCCACCGUCUUUAGAGCCACGACCAAUAUUGAAGAAGAAGUCGAGUACAGAGUCGGACGAGCACGAUGACAAACCAAAAAAGACUAUAUUGAAAUGUACACGAAAGAAUUCACAGGAUGAAUGCAAUUACGAAAUAGAAUUAACAUCGCCGAAGAAACUAUCUAUGUUCAGAAAUCGUUCCUUACAAGGUAGAACGUCUGGAGUAAUAGAAAAUGAUCUUGUACGACCUAUAUUGAAGCAACCGGGUAGUAGAGACAAUGAAUCACGAGUCCGUUUGAACUUACACGAUGAGACAGUAGUUACUAACGAAGUGUGUACUGAACCAGCAGAUUUAUUUUUACGGAAACGGGCACAAUCUGUGGGCCAUGUGCAGCCUUCCAAUAUUCCUAAUGAAUUCACUGGAGUACUUAAUAAACGAAGAUCUCUUGAAUUAACAUCUAUGAGUGAUGUGUUACAAGAUAAGUUACAGACGAGAUUAACGACCAACAGUAACUAUUUAAAGACAGACCUUUCCCUGGGUGGUGAGAGUGCCAAUGUGUCUCCUAUUUUUUAUGACACAUUAAACAGCAUAACAAAAGAGAAACCUGUAGAGAUGGAGAAACAAACUGGGACAGUAUCUGGAGUCGAAGCAAAGGAUCAAGUAACAGUACAUGAGUUUCCUGUAAAUGAAAGUGUUGAUAGAAAUAUUACGUUGUCCGCCAAAAUGACUGACGACAAAGAAUGUACAAACGACGAAGUAUUAUCUUCGCAGAGGAAAGAUGACGCAGACAUUCAUGAGAGUAAUGGUGUACAUCGCAGUAAUAGUGUUUCCAAACUGGCAUUGCAUUUUAAAGCUUUACAAGAGAAAGCAAAUUCAAAAGAGAAGGACAGUUUGACUCCCAGAACACCAAGCAAGAGUUCGCGCGGGAUACAACGUUAUAGAGAACGAAAACUUCAAGGAAACGAUAGGUUUAACACCCAACCAGUGACAUUUCAAGAAGUGCAAGAGGCCGUUUUACAGAAUCAACGUAACGCUACCACAAAUAGAAAAUCAAGUUUAACAGAAACUAAUUUAACUGCAACCGAUGACGAGUACAAUCCUUCUAAAUUAAGCUUUGCGGAACGAGUGCGCUUGUUUAAUCAAAAAAUCGAUACUGAAAAGAGUUCAGUAUCGAAUAACACGCCAGUGGAGAGGCAUUUAAGAAGACGGCCGGCUACCCGUUAUAAAACACAACCGGUUACCUCUGAAGAAGUCGAAGUAGCGUCUCGAAUAUCUCCAUUAAAUGUCGUUCACCAAUGUUCAUUAGACAAGAUUGCUUCUCAAGAACUUCGUGGACAAAUGAAUCUAUCUCAAGUUGAUUUACCAAAAAGUAUUUUAAAACCAGCAACAUUGCACACACAGACUGUGCCCAGAACAAAGAGUCCAGAACUCGAAGGUUUAAAGUUAAUAAAGUCUGUACUUAAAAAAGAGUUAGAAGAACAGGAACAACAGAUGUUUGAAAAUUCUGAUUCACGACGAUCUAUACUGAAAUCUAAAGUGGAAGAGAGGAAGGAGGAAACUGCAACGGAAAGCAAUUAUACCGCACAGUACAAUAUGGACAGCGCCUAUGGCAUGGAAAAGAACAACUGUACAGAAGAUGCCGUAAACAGUGUUCGAACUGAAAUCAACACGUCUAAAAAAGAUGAAGAAACCUGUCGAACAGCAGACCGUGAACCGUCAGGAAAUCAUGAAUCGUGCACCAUUAAAAAUGAAGACUUACUUCGUCGUUCGCGUUUCUCAAAGCAAACCAGGUAUGCUUCACUGUUGAAGAGCGCUAGUCACCACGCGAUUAGCAGUAAUACACACGAAAGCGAAUCGUGUAAUGUGACAGCACAGAAACAGCAUGGUGUAGAACUUCCGGGAUUAUAUCGUAGCGCAACGCAAGCAAUACCAUCAUUGGAUACCAAUGAUGGUCCAAGUAUGAGUAUCGCAGAUCGAUUGGCGGCACUUCAACGUAACGGUAACACGAACUGGAAACGACGCAUAGUGUCGGAAUCGUCUAAUUCAUCGGAUGGAUUAUGUACUAAUUUGUCAACUAAAGAAGAGUUGAGUAUUAAGCAAGGAAUACUUGCCGAUUGCCUUGGGAAGUUAGAAUCCGCCACAGAAGGGUGGAAGAAGAGAAUAGCUGCGUCGGACGCUACAAAGUUCACGGUAGCUGGAAGAAUGAAGGUAGAACUACCGGAAAAAUUGGAAACAGGUCCAUCUUCACCGCUUAUCGAUGUUACUGGAAACAUCACAGAUAAAAAAAAGAAGACACCCCGUCCAGAACGAUUUAGAGCAAAAAGAGGAUGCACAAAAGAAAUUUUGUCCACGCCAACUAGUCCAAACAAGGAUUCAUACGGUAAACUGCGAGGGAGCUUUUCUGAACCUGCAAGUGAUGACAGUGGAGAAGAGAAUAAAAUAGGAAAAGCUUUAUCUCCAACUGUGUCAAUACCUAAGAUAGAUGAUGAAACAUUUACUUCUUUUUUCACCGGAAUCUCGUUAGAGAAGUGUGAGGCUGAAUCUGUCGAUUUAAAUGCCAGUGAUUUUGAUAUAAUUACAUCUCAGUCAGAAUUAUUAGUUCAGAAACGUAAUAUACGGAUACAAAGGCGACAUGUUGUAUCUAAAAAUCCACUAAAAACGCUGGCGGCACGUACUGACUUAAGAUCGGAGUACACCGAAGUACGAACUGGUAUUGCGGAAAAAGUAAUGAGACAAUUGAAUGUUGAAAAACUCGCUAAAAAUUCAUCUUUGGCUAUGGAAGCUCUAGCUGGUCUAGCUUCGACCGAAGACUUCAGUAAUGUAACAUUGAGGAAUAUAACGGAAUCGAAUGCCUCAAUAAAUAAGUUACAACCAUACAAAGAUUUAAUGUUGAUUUUAAUUAAAGGUAGACGUCACGUGCAAGUGAAAUUAAUUGAACCAAUCGCAGAAAACAUUAAUAGCGGUGACAAUUUUGUAUUAGUGACAAAAUCAGAGGUAUAUAAUUACGUUGGAAAAUAUUGUAACGUUAUUGAAAAGGUUCGUGGUGCGAAAAUUUCAAUGACAAUUCAACAGAACAAAGACCUUGGUACGCAAGCUACUCAAGUUAUUACUAUUAAUGAAGAUAAAGUAACGUGUACAAAUAGUCAAUUGCAAAAAUUCUGGAAUUACCUGGGCGUUGAAACUGAAAAUGUAGACGUAUUUGAUGCUGGCCACCCUGAUGAAGACGAACUUUAUGAAACAGCUAUGAUACAUACGAACAUGAUGUAUGAAAUGAAGGAUGAAGAACUGGUGCCCCUCGAUAAAUAUUGGGGUGCUAUACCAAAAAUUGAAAUGCUUGAUCCAAAUAAGGUGCUAGUAUUUGACUUCGGUAGUGAAAUGUACAUAUGGAGUGGAAAGGGUGCUUCCGUUGACAGGAAGAAAAUUACAACGAACCUCGCUACAGAAAUGUGGAACGAAGGAUACAACUACGCAGAAUGUGCUGUGUGUCCAAUUAGUGCGGCAUCCAUGAUUGGCAGACGCUCCGUAUCGCAGACAGAUUGUAAAUCUGCUAAAGUCAGACCUAAAUGGUGCUUACUUGCUAAGUUGACGCAACACGUGGAAACGAUACUAUUCAGAGAAAAGUUUCUCGACUGGCCAAAUGUCUCUGGAAUUAUACGAGUUCGGGGAAACAACAACAAAGAACAAGUCGAUGGAACUAUAACUAUAGAACCGUGCAACAUUGAUAAUUUAUUAGAAGAAAAUACCACACCUGUGGACUUAGUUCUUGAAGGAAGCCAUUUGGGUAGAGGUACUGGUUGGUACGAUGCUGAGUUAAUGAAGCAAACCAUCGUUACAACAACGAGCGUGAAAGUAUGGCACAUCGAUGAAUUCUCUCAUACUCUUCUGGAUGAUUCAUCUAUUGGACAGUUUUAUUCUGGGGAUAGUUAUAUUGUAUAUUGGAUGUAUUCAGUUACCAUUACUGGUCGUGAAUUAAGCGGUAUGCCUUCAAAGCAUUCCGCAAAGGGUCGUGAUCGUUCGGUCUAUUUCAUUUGGCAAGGACAAAGUGCGUCUUUGAACGAGCAAGGUGCAGCAGCGUUACUAACUAUCGAAUUAGAUAACGACCAAGCACCUCAACUUCGUGUAGUUCAAGGACACGAGCCAGCUGCGUUUCUGAAUUUAUUUACUGGAAGAAUGAUUGUACACUGUGGCAAGAAAAAUGAUAAAAAACAGGACCAACGGUGGCGAUUGUACAUAUGUCGAGGUACUUUAGAGUCAGAGGUGUCUUUAAUAGAGAUUCCUUGCAGUACUCGUCAGUUAAGGAGCAGAGGUUCUCUUAUAUUACUAGACACUAAAAACGACAAAAUUUAUGUAUGGCAUGGAUCUAAUGCGUUACUUCAUAUUAAACAGAAUGCAAGUAGUGUGGCAAAGAAAUUACAAGAAAAUCGACCUGAAGAAACUGGUUUGUCGGCCAAAGGUGAUAUAGAAAUUUUAGAAGUUAAUGAAGGAAUUGAACCAGAAGAAUUCUUCAAUGCAUUAGGAGGAAAGAAUAAAUCAUUAUACGUAUCGUUGGAAAAUGACCAAUUACAGGAACAUACUCCAAGACUGUUCCAUUUAUCAAGCAUUUCUAAAGAAUUUAAACCCGUGGAAGUACUGUGUCCUCAUCGUGCUUCUUUGGCAACACCGUUUCCUUUUCUACAGGAAGACUUGUAUCAAGUGAAUCAACCAGCUUUAUUUUUGCUGGACAACAAACUCGAAGUAUGGAUAUGGCAAGGCUGGUGGCCUGAUACUGGAGCAGAGGAUCAAUCUGGUAGUAAAGCAGUUAGAUGGCAGGCUGAAAGAAGAGCAGCCAUGACAACAGCUAUGCAAUAUUGGCAAAAUAUGCAUCCAGACACUACAAAGUUUCCAAUUUAUCUAGUCUGGGCUGGUUUGGAACCAUUGCAAUUCAUUAAUUUAUUCCCUACGUGGACAUAUCAGGAUGAUAUUGCAGAAUUAAACAUUGAGGACGGUCGAAAUCCUGGAGAAGUGUUGACCGUGGAAAACGAGUUAGCUCGACUAACGAAAAGCACGUAUCCCCCGGGUCAAUUACUACAACGACCCCUACCGGAAGGAGUUGAUCCUACACAUUUGGAAUUGUAUUUAUCACAACAUCACUUUGAAGAGCUACUAGGAAUGAGUAAAGAAGAAUUUCAAGUACUCCCAGUCUGGAAACAAGUGAAUCUUAAAAAAGAAAUAGGGCUUUUCUGAUGAAACGCCCCUGCUGCCAAUCCUACAAAUAAUAGC